AUGGGGCUCGGCAUCCUCGAGGAUACAAAACUGGGCCAUGUGCCGGGCACGGUCUUGUUGAAUGACGAGGCCGCUCAUGCCGAAGCCAUCACCUCGGGUCUGAAGCACGGCAAAGGCAGGGAUGCUCAUAUUGUGCUGUCGCCUCAACCUAGCGAGGACCCCAACGACCCUUUGAACUGGCCCAUGUGGAAGAAAGAGGUGCUGGUCGCCAUUCUUUGCUUUGGCGCCAUGCUCAACGCUGGAACCAACGGGCCGCUGCUAAAUGCCUCCUAUUUCUCCAUGUCCUUGCAGAUUGACAAAUCAUUGACCGCGGUUGUCUUGGUGUCCGGAUACAAUCUGCUGGCUGCUGGAUGCUCUGGACCUUUUGUGUGCGCAUUCAGUCGUAAAUACGGCAAGAGACCAGUCUUUCUGGUCUCGACGCUCUUCGACAUCAUCGGUACGGCGAUUGGCCAGUCCAAGAUCUCCUACAACUACCUCCUGGCCGCGCGGGUCAUUCAAGGCUUCUCGACCUCGGCCUUCGAGUCCCUCAUUGUAGCCAGUGUGGGAGACAUGUAUUUUGUGCAUCAGCGAGGCCUGCGGAUCGCCGUCAUCAACUUCAUCCUCAAUUCCGCCUCCAGCCUAGCAUCCAUCAUUUGCGGCCAGGUCUUCCAGAGCCUCGGCUGGCUCUGGCUUUUCCAUCUGUUCCAGAUCUUCCUCGUCGUGCAAUUUAUUCUCAUGUUCCUGUUCUGUCCGGAGACAACGUACAUGCGAGACAGCCGCUACGAUACCGAUCUGAACCGGGACGGGGACGAGAAACUCGAAGAAUUGGCCAUCAUUGAACAUGCUCACAAGGAGACGGUUGGCGAGCCCGGUCAGGGCGACCAUGACACCACCACCGUAACCGUACCCAAGAAGAAGACGUUUGUGCAAGAGCUGGCUAUCUGGACUGGCGUCUAUUCGCACGAUAGCAUCUUCAAAUACCUGGCCGGCCCGUUUCUGACCCUCCUCAAUCCGGCCGGAUGCUAUGCCGUCAUUGCUUCUGGCCUGUUGAACAGCUGGUAUGUCGGAUCGGCCAUCAUCAUGUCUGGCAUCUUCUCCGGUCCACCGUGGAACUUCGACGCCGCUCAUAUUGGGUACCUCGGUGCCGGGCCGUUUGUCGGAGGCCUCAUUGGCUCUCUCGCCUGCGGAUUCACCGGUGACUACGUGAUCAAGUAUCUCACGCGGAAGAACAAGGGUGUCUACGAGCCUGAGUUUCGGCUGGUGUUUAUGAUCCCCGCCUGCAUUGCCUGCGGCCUCGGCAUGUUUCUCUUCGGCUACACCAUGUCGAUCGGCUCUCCGGCCGAGCUGUGUGCUUUCCUCCAGGGCGUGAUGAUGGUAGGCGUCCUGAUUGGAAUCUUCUCGACCUUGUCGUACGGGCUCGACUCGUUCCGCAGUCAGAGCAAUGAAAUCUUUGUCAUGAACAUGCUCUUCAAGAACUUCAUGUUCUACGGCCUCUCGAAUUUCGCAAACGACUGGGUGACUUCCAGCGGGCCUCAGCAAAUCAUGUACGUCUUCGGCGGUACCUCGGUCUUCUUGUCCCUGCUCGCUGUCCCCGUGUAUAUCUGGGGGAAGCGGCUGAGAAGCUGGUGGGCGAGACAUGAUUUGUUUGUGCUCUUGAAGAUGGAAACCCAUGGCCCGGUCAACGAGAUGGGUUAG